GUGCCGCGGGAGCGCUUCCGGCCGGCGCGGUCACGUGACGGGCCGGGGGUCACAUGACGGCGGGAGCCGGAGCCGGGCUGAGGGAGCGGAGCGGCCGCCGCCGGGGGUGAUGCCAUGGCCGCUGCCAGCUCCAGCAGGGCCAGGGCCGGGCCGCCCUGCGAGAAGUCCCCGCUGUCCGUGAAAGUGGUGUCUGUGAAGCCCAAGGCCCAGAGCCGCCCGGCGCGGAUGAACUGCUACGUGGAGGUGGCCGGCGACGGGCUGCCCAGUGAGACCAAGAAGACGGGGAAGCAGAUGGGGGUCUCUGAGCUGCUGUGGAACGAGAUCCUCACCCUCAAUGUCACCGCUCAGAGCCACUUGGAGCUGAAGGUGUGGAUCUGCCACACGCUGAGGAACGAGCUGCUGGGCGCCGCCUCCGUCAGCCUGGGCAGCCUGCUCAAGGGCGGCAGCAAACUGGAGAACAGGCAGCUGACCCUGGACCUGCAGACGGAGAACAAAGGCAGCGUUGUGUCUGGCGGGGAGCUGACGGUGUUCCUGGACAGCCCGGCUGUUGCUCUGGGCAGCGUUCCCGACGGCACCGCCGCCACGGAGGGGUCCCAGGUACCUGGACGGGACCCCCCCAGCACAGCUGUGGCCACGGAGGGCCGGCACCAACCUCCCAGCACCAACUGCUUUGGCAGCAGGCCCAGGACGCACCGACAUGCGGCCGGAGCAGCCCGGGGGAACACGGGGAGUGGAGAGCAAAGUCCCGGUGCCAGGAGCCGGCACCGGCAGCAGGCCAAGAGCUCACAGCACACCAGCACGGCCACCAGCAUGGCCAACUGCGUGGCAAAUGGCACAGUGAACGGGGACGCCGUGGCUGCCGUGGACAUGGAUGAGGACAGGCCGGCGGCAGGGGCCAGCGUUCCGUCCCCGGCGUCCGGCCCGGCCGAGGGCCCCGCUGCCCCUGCCCCUCCUGCCCUCAGCGGCUCCAGAGAGGCGGAGGAGCCGGCCUCGGGCCCCAGUGUGCCCCCGGCACGGGCGCUCGCCCUGGAUGCUCUGCCCCCCGGGUGGGAACAGCGGGAGCUGCCAAAUGGUAGAGUCUACUAUGUAGACCACAACAACAAGACCACGACGUGGGAGAGACCCCUUCCUCCAGGGUGGGAGAAACGCGUGGACCCUCGCGGCAGGUAUUACUACGUGGACCACAACACCCGGACCACCACGUGGCAGCGCCCCACGGCCGAGUACGUCAGGAACUACGAGCAGUGGCAGUCGCAGCGCAGCCAGCUGCAAGGGGCCAUGCAGCAGUUCAGCCAGAGGUUCCUGUACCAGUCCUCCGGAGCCCCGUCCGACAAUGAUCCUCUGGGGCCCCUUCCUCCCGGCUGGGAGAAGAGACAGGACAAUGGGCGAGUGUAUUACGUGAACCACAACACCCGCACCACACAGUGGGAAGACCCUCGCACUCAGGGCAGGAUGAUCCAGGAGCCGCCGCUGCCGCCGGGCUGGGAGAUGAAGUACACGAACGAGAGUGUGCGGUACUUCGUGGACCACAACACCCGCACCACCACCUUCAAGGACCCGCGCCCGGGCUUCGAGUCUGGGAGCAAGCACGGCGGCUCCCCGGGCGCCUACGACCGGAGCUUUCGCUGGAAGUACCACCAGUUCCGCUUCCUCUGCCACUCCAACGCGCUGCCCAGCCACGUGAAGAUCAGCGUGUCUCGGCAGACGCUCUUCGAGGACUCCUUCCAGCAGAUCAUGAACAUGAAGCCGUACGACCUGCGGCGCCGGCUGUACAUCAUCAUGCGAGGGGAGGAGGGCCUGGACUACGGUGGCAUCGCCAGGGAGUGGUUCUUCCUCCUGUCCCACGAGGUGCUCAACCCCAUGUACUGCCUCUUCGAGUACGCGGGCAAGAACAACUACUGCCUGCAGAUCAACCCCGCCUCCUCCAUCAACCCCGACCACCUCACCUACUUCCGCUUCAUCGGCCGCUUCAUCGCCAUGGCUCUGUACCACGGGAAGUUCAUCGACACCGGCUUCACGCUGCCCUUCUACAAACGCAUGCUGAACAAGCGCCCGACGCUGAAGGACCUGGAGUCCAUCGACCCUGAGUUCUACAACUCCAUCGUCUGGACCAAGGAGAACAGCCUGGAGGAGUGCGGCCUGGAGCUCUACUUCAUCCAGGACAUGGAGAUCCUGGGCAAGGUGACCACCCACGAGCUGAAGGAGGGUGGUGAGAGCAUCCGUGUGACGGAGGAGAACAAGGAGGAGUACAUCAUGCUGCUGACGGACUGGAGGUUCACACGGGGCGUGGAGGAGCAGACCAAGGCGUUCCUGGACGGCUUCAAUGAGGUGGUGCCGCUUGAGUGGCUGCGCUACUUCGACGAGAAGGAGCUGGAGCUGAUGCUGUGCGGGAUGCAGGAGAUCGACAUGAACGACUGGCAGAAAAAUACCAUCUACAGGCACUACACCAAGAACAGCAAACAGAUCCAGUGGUUCUGGCAGGUGGUUAAGGAGAUGGACAACGAGAAGAGGAUCCGGCUGCUGCAGUUCGUGACGGGGACCUGCCGCCUGCCCGUCGGGGGCUUUGCUGAGCUCAUUGGCAGCAACGGGCCCCAGAAAUUCUGCAUCGAUAAAGUUGGCAAAGAGACGUGGCUGCCACGGAGCCACACGUGCUUCAACCGCCUGGAUCUCCCUCCCUACAAGAGCUAUGAACAGCUGAAGGAGAAGCUGCUUUACGCCAUCGAGGAGACGGAAGGGUUUGGACAGGAGUGAUGGAGCUGUGGGGCGUUCCCGGAGCGCUGCCGGCCGAGCCCUCCCUGGGAUGUGCACGGGCCCCUAUGGACGCUGUGGCUUUUGUUCCUGGGCGAGGUCUGCACUGACACGGCCCUGGGGGAACGGGGCUGUGUCUCCCUCCCUAAGGAAACCCGAGGGAUGAGGGAGAGGAGGACACAAGGGCUUGGCUUGCCCAGCUUGGCAGGGCUGGCACAGAGGGGCUGGGGAGCCCCGGUGCCCCCUGUGCUGCCCCCCGGCUCCCCACCGCAGACAGAGUUAUGUGUUUGGUAGGGGCUCUUCUUCCCCCUCGUGUUUUCUGCCUUUCCACGGCAUUUUGGUAGUGGCAGGUGAGGGGGAGAAUGGCUCUCAGAUUGACUUCUGGGUGCCAUCCUGCACCCAGCAUUCAGCGACAGUGACGGGGACCCCCAAGACGAUGCUUCUGAGGGGCUCUUGUGCACUGUGUGAGUGCCAGGACAGCCCCUUCCCAGGCCAGAUCCGCAGCCACUGGAGCCAGAGCCUGGCUGAGCGUGUCUGUGGCAUGUCCCGAUGUGCAGCCCGUGACCCCGGGCAGUUGUAUUUAAAUGUGGUUUCUGCUCGGAGCUGGUGCUCCCCAGCAGCCCCGGGGGCUCCGGGCACUACCGGGGCACUACCGGGGCCCUGCCGGCCUGCGCUCGGACCCUGGUUCUGCCCACACUCCUGUGUUCCCCGUGCUGCCGGACGGGCCGCAGCAAGGGCAGGAUCACCCGGCGGUCACUCCUGUCCCUCCCCGCGUGUGCAGGUGACAGACCCUGGGUCUGUGUCCGUGUGUCCGUGAUGGGACCCUGCAAGGCUCCGUCUGGGAACGGCCGGCCCCGCACGGCCCCGCACGGCCCCGCCUGCCCCGCGCGGCUUCGUGUGCAAUAAAGACAAAGCAGCUGCCGA